CUCUCCUGGAAGAUAUACGACCUCAAAUUUGCCCUGCUCGACCCAAGUCAACCAACCGCCAUGACAAAAUCACAGGCGCUCCAGUCGAACCUGGACGUCGACUACGUGAUUAGCUACCGCUUCACGAAGACAGACAAGGCCAAAGCUGCUGCUCAAUUCGAGAAGCUGUGCCAUGCCCUUGCAAAUGUGGGUCUGCAGACGGAAGCCCGCAAUGGAGACAACCACUCAGUGCUGCUCUUCGUAAGGGUAGCUUCAGACGAGCACUUGUUCGGCGAAGUAUACAGGUCAAGAGUGCGAGACUGGAUGCAUGGCGUCCGCUCUGCUGCCCCCGACAAAGAGACACGUGCAGCACUCGAAGCUGAGCCCCUCUACGAAGCCGAACGCCUACGAAUCAUUUACCAACUAAUCACCAACCCUGUAUACGAAGGUGGAGCUGGCAUCACACCUAAGGAAGGAGAGUGGGAGAAUGUUGAGUCCAUCUUUGCUCUGCACGACCACGCAUACAACAAGGAUUGGAUCAAGAAGUGGUCAUCAUCCUACUUCCUUAAGACUGAAGACCUUGAUGAUAUCAGAAACCGCCUAGGCGAGAAGAUUGCUUUCUAUUUUGCCUUCACACAGUCCUACUUCACCUUCCUGAUCCCUGCAGCAGGUUUUGGUACAUUCGCAUGGCUCUUCUUUGGCCACUUCUCACCCAUCUAUGGCUUGUUCAGCGCGUUGUGGUGCAUCAUCUUCACUGAAUACUGGAAACACCAGGAGGGCGAUCUUAGUGUUCGCUGGGGUGUUAAGGGUGUCUCUAGGAUUGAUACCAAGAGGAGGAACUUCCAGCAUGAGAAGACCGUCACAGACCCCGUCACUGGCGAGCAAGUUGGGUUCUUCCCUGCACAGAAGCGAUACCAGAGGCAGUUGCUUCAGAUCCCCUUCGCCAUCGCAGCCACUCUCAUGCUUGGAACCGUCAUUGCAACCUGCUUCGGUAUCGAGGUCUUCAUCUCGGAGGUUUACAACGGGCCGCUUAAGAGCGCCCUGGUCUUCAUCCCUACCGGUAUCCUCACCACGGUCAACCCUAUUCUGAACACUAUCCUGACUCAGUUCGCUACACGACUUACCAAAUUCGAGAACUACGAGACCGCAAGUGCAUUCGAGUAUGCACUGACCCAAAAGAUAUUCGUCUUAAACUUCAUCAUGUCAUACCUUGGCAUCUUCUUGACUGCUUUUGUAUACGUUCCUUUUGGUACCGUCAUUGUACCAUACCUCGACGUCUUUAAUGUGGCCGUUCGACCAUUCGCCGAGGACGAGAAGCAGCUGCACCUCCACACAACCACCGGCACUUCCAGUUGGGCAAUCAACCCAGACCGUCUCCGCAAGCAAGUCAUCUACUUCACCGUCACUGCGCAAGUCGUCAACCUUGGCAUGGAGCUCAUUGUCCCGUACCUCAAGCGCCGCGGCUUCGCCAAGUACAAGGAGAUUCAGUCUGAGCGUGCAGCGAAGAACGGCGGUGCUGCUCCUUCAGCUGCCGCUAACGACCCGCCUGAGGAUGCUGCAUUCUUGGAGCGCGUUCGCAAGGAAGCCGAACUCGACGUCUACGAUGUGACUGCCGAUCUCCGUGAGAUGGUUGUUCAGUUCGGCUACCUGUCUCUCUUCUCUGUCGUCUGGCCCCUCACCGCUGUAUCCUUCCUUGUCAAUAACUGGAUCGAGCUUCGCGCCGAUGCUAUGAAGAUUUGCGUCGAGAUGCAACGUCCUAUCCCCUGGCGCGCAGACACCAUCGGCCCCUGGCUCGACUCCCUCAGCUUCCUUACUUGGCUUGGCAGUCUCACCACCUCGGCUCUCGUCUACAUGUUCUACGGCGAUGGCAACGGCCCCGAUGGCAAGCCCUCCAACAUCCAGCUCUGGGCCCUGCUCCUCACUGUCUUCUUCUCUGAGCACAUCUUCAUCCUCGUCCGCACAGCUGUUCGCAUCGCCGUAUCCAAGAUGGAUUCUCCAGGCCAGCAGAAGGAGCGUCGUGAGCGCUUCCUGAUCAGGAAGCAGUUCUUCGAGGAGAACUUGAGCAAGUUGCAGAAGUACCCUACUUUGACCGAUGGUGGCGAGGAGAUUACUAGGAAGUCGCUCGAGGAAGAUGCCAGGCAGUCCAGCCUCAGGGAGACCACUCCUGAGACGCGCUUCUGGAGUCGCCAGCGCGGAUGGAGGGAGUCUGCUAGUGUGGGCAAGACGCUGAUUGAGAGGGCCGAGAUUGGGGCUAGCCCUGAGAGGAAGAAGGAGCUGUAGGAGCUGUGAAUGGAAGGAUGGCUGGCGGAAUCGAGUUAUGUGCCAAAGGACGAGGUGCAGGAAGAGCAGAAGGAAGAGCAGGUUGAGGCGUGUUCUUGGGUUGAGCAUUUCUAGCCUGGCGUUUUGAGCGACCUAAGCAACAUCAAUAUCACUUUUUGAAAUUCACAAAAGCAGACUCUGUUCUAG